AUGCGGUCGUGUGUGUUUCGUGUUGUGAAGGUGUGGGGGAGGAUGAGGAAGGCGGAGGAGGAGGCGAGACGGGGGGCGCGCAGGGGGAUCUCGGGGGUGAAGGGGGGGGAUGGGGUGGGGGUGUUGGAUGGGUUGGUUGGGGGGUUGGAGGGCCAGGAGGCUGCGGCUGGUGGUGGUUUGGUCAGUGCCUCUGCGCGAGAUGUGAUGGAUGAGGACGAUGUGGAUAUGGAGAGUGAUGAUGAGGAUUGA